CGCACCAGAACGGCUGGAUCGUUCCGAGACUGCGGAGGUCGGGCGCGGCGGCGUCAAGAUGGCGGCGGCGGCGGUGGCUGCGGCCGCGGCGGCCGCAGCAGCCGCAUCUCUUCAGGUGCUGGAGAUGGAGAGCAUGGAGACGGCCGCCGCCGGUUCGGCAGGGCUGGCCGCCGAAGUCCGAGGCAGCGGCACGGUGGACUUCGGGUCUGGGCCUGGCAUAUCUGCAAUGGAGGCGAGCGGGGGCGAUCCGGGCCCGGAGGCCGAGGAUUUCGAGUGCAGCUCUCACUGCUCGGAGCUAUCUUGGAGACAGAACGAGCAGAGGCGCCAGGGCCUCUUCUGCGACAUUACCUUGUGCUUCGGCGGCGCGGGAGGCCGCGAGUUCCGGGCUCACCGCUCGGUGCUGGCCGCUGCCACUGAGUACUUCACGCCCCUCCUCUCGGGCCAGUUCUCGGAGUCCCGCUCGGGCCGGGUGGAGAUGCGCAAGUGGAGCUCCGAGCCCGGGCCCGAGCCCGACACGGUGGAAGCCGUUAUCGAAUACAUGUACACCGGGCGCAUCCGCGUCAGCACGGGCAGUGUGCACGAGGUGCUGGAGUUGGCCGACAGGUUCCUUUUAAUUCGUUUAAAAGAAUUUUGUGGAGAAUUUCUCAAGAAAAAACUUCAUCUCUCCAAUUGUGUGGCCAUUCAUAGCUUAGCUCACAUGUAUACCUUGAGCCAACUUGCUCUGAAAGCUGCCGAUAUGAUACGGAGAAAUUUCCACAAAGUAAUUCAGGAUGAAGAGUUUUAUACUUUACCUUUCCAUCUCAUCCGAGACUGGCUGUCAGACUUGGAAAUUACGGUGGAUUCCGAGGAGGUUCUCUUUGAAACAGUUCUGAAGUGGGUUCAGAGAAAUGCAGAAGAGAGAGAAAGAUACUUUGAAGAACUUUUUAAGUUGCUGAGAUUGUCCCAGAUGAAACCUACUUACCUUACUCGGCAUGUCAAACCAGAGAGGCUGGUGGCCAAUAAUGAAGUUUGCGUCAAGUUAGUGGCUGAUGCAGUAGAGAGGCAUGCUCUGAGGGCUGAAAACAUACAAUCUGGCACCUUCCAGCACCCCGCCUCUCAUGUCUCAUUAUUACCUCGCUAUGGGCAAAAUAUGGACGUGAUCAUGGUUAUUGGAGGCGUGUCAGAAGGAGGGGAUUAUUUAAGUGAAUGUGUGGGAUAUUUUGUCGAUGAGGACAGAUGGGUAAACCUGCCCCAUAUUCAUAAUCACCUUGAUGGACAUGCUGUUGCAGUAACAGAGUCCUAUGUGUAUGUUGCUGGAUCAAUGGAGCCAGGGUUUGCUAAAACUGUGGAAAGAUACAACCCAAAUUUGAAUACAUGGGAACAUGUUUGUAGUCUGAUGACAAGGAAGCAUUCUUUUGGGUUAACAGAAGUCAAAGGGAAGCUCUACAGCAUUGGAGGACAUGGCAACUUUAGCCCUGGCUUUAAAGAUGUGACUGUUUAUAAUCCCGAGCUAGAUAAAUGGCACAACUUGGAGUCCGCACCAAAGAUUCUUCGAGAUGUCAAAGCGCUAGCCAUUGAAGACCGGUUUGUAUACAUCGCUGCCCGCACUCCUGUGGACCGGGACACGGAAGAUGGACUAAAAGCUGUAAUUACAUGCUAUGAUACAGAGACUCGACAGUGGCAAGAUGUGGAAUCUUUGCCACUUAUUGACAAUUACUGUUUUUUCCAAAUGUCUGUGGUCAAUUCAAACUUUUAUCAGACAGCAUCAUGCUGUCCUAAGAGUUAUUCUUUAGAAAAUGAAGAGGCAGUAAGAAAAAUUGCCAGUCAAGUUUCCGAUGAGAUCCUUGAAAGCUUACCUCCAGAAGUCCUAAGCAUCGAAGGAGCAGCCAUCUGCUACUACAAAGAUGACGUUUUCAUUAUCGGAGGCUGGAAAAACAGUGAUGAUAUUGACAAACAGUAUCGGAAGGAAGCCUAUCGAUACUGUGCGGAAAGAAAGCGGUGGAUGCUUCUUCCUCCCAUGCCACAGCCACGUUGUAGAGCCACGGCUUGCCACAUAAGAAUCCCAUACCGGUACUUGCAUGGAACACAGAGAUAUCCUAUGCCUCAAAACUUAAUGUGGCAGAAGGACCGGAUCAGACAGAUGCAAGAAAUACAUCGGCAUGCCCUAAACAUGCGACGAGUGCCGAGCUCUCAGAUCGAAUGCUAGAUUCUCUAAAAGGUGCAGCUUGAAACAGUUGUACCUGUUUCGUGAGGCUGAGGAGACCCAGACUGUUACUUUAAAAAGUAUGUCGAUAACUUAUUUUCUACCUAAACUGAUUAUUGCCCCAUAUAAAGGAAAUAUAGUUAAAAAACUGAAGAAUGGGAAACCCGAUUUAGUAUAUGGUAACUUUUGUUGGUUUGUAGUCUUUUUCUGUCUUUGGUUUGUGUGGGAUGUGCUAGCUAAAUGAGAUCUUACUAAUGACAAGUGGAAAAACCAGGGAUAGUCACUUGGCUGUUUUUUUGCCAACAAGUUAAAACUCCUUUGUCUUAGGGACUUACUGUUUUGAACAUGCUUUAAGCAACAGUUUAUUUGCACAUUUACUUUGAUAUUCCUUUUGAUUUUUUUCCUGAAUGGCUGGUUUUGAAAAGGGCAGAUUUUAUGCAUUGAGCCCUCAUCUGCAGGAGGUGUGUGCAAUAGUGAGACUGAGAUUUGAAGGGAAAAGCACAAUAUUUGAGCAAGAUGAUUGCAGAAUAUUUGCAUUGGUAUUUCAUUGUAUGUGUUUAUCUAGAAAUUCUGUUGUUUCUUUCUAGAAGAGAUGACUGAUGAAAAAUUUGUGAUUGGCUCAUUACUUUUUGAAUAUUUUUCUUCAGCAACUGUUACAGACUUGGAGCCAUUGCUCUGAGAUGAUGGUAGUUGACAAGAGUAUUGAUCUUUAGCUGAUUGGUUUAAUACAGAGGAAGUUAAAUAUGUGAAAUUUGUAGUAGUAUUCGUAUAGACUGAGCAAUGAAAGGCAUUAAAACAUUUAAACACUUUCUUCAGGAGUUGCAGGCUUAUUUGAGGAUAAAUUACUGAGUGUAAAUAAUGCCUAUGACAAUCGACACUUAAUGCCUUCAAUUUUAAAUUUUGCUCUAAUGUAUAUUGUAUAGAAUCCUCAUUCCUUUCUAAAAGAAAUGUUUUCUAAAAUGGGAAGGAAGUGACAAUUUAGAGAAAUUGGUUAAAGAGAAGCCUUAUUGUUUCUCAGCCCUGGUUGUUCUAUUUUAUCCAGUUGCCCUAGACUUUUAUGGGAACUUUGACCCUGAAAUACCAAAUUUAGGUACACAACUAUGGCUCUUAAAAAUGUAUUGCUUUAGUUACCUUUUAUUUAUUUUAUGCAUUUUUUGAUUCUCGAAUGCACUCCAAAGCUUUAUACAAAUUAGCACUCAGUUAGCUUAGAGGACUCUUGCCCUAAUGUGUUGCAAAAGGGGUCCAUUUUAUGUUUCUUGUUUCUUUCAGAAUGUCUCUCUCCUUAGACAUUCCAGAAUGCUGUUCUAGAAGUAUUGAAUUCCAAAUGAAGUGAUUCCCCUAGUCCGUUAUAAUUAACCUCCUUAUUGUAUCAAAUAUCAAAAAAAGCACAACCAGAAAUUUUGGCUCUCAGUUUGCUGCAAGACUUUUAAUAUUUAGCCCUUGAAUUAGUAUUCCUGCCUAGGACAGUUUGUCAAUAAAUAUAUUGGAAAUCCGCUUUAAAACCAUUUCAUUUCCAUUGGGGUGGGGUAGUAACUUCAAGUCCUAUUUCUGUAUGAAGAUAUAUUAUCCUAUGCCACAUCUACCAUCUUACCAAUUUCCAUUUGUAGUUAUUUUGAAAAAAGCCAUUUCUGAGAAGUGCUAAUUCUGAGUUGAGAGAGGUCUGUGCAAAUGAGACAGAGAAGCUCACUGAGUGAUGUUCUCCUCUCUGAUAGACUGUGGUAGCUAGUGCUUCCUUUUCUUGGUGGUGGUGAAAUAAUUUAGUAGCUCACUACAGUGGCAGUUUCUCUCUAAAAGGUGUGAUUUAAGGUUUUUGGAUCUUAGAGUUGUCUUCUGAGACAUUGUUACCAAGUUAUUUGGGGGGUGGUCUUUCUUCAGGGGAUGUGACAAGUUUUAACUCCUCUAAGAUUUAGGUAUAAUCUGGUUUUGAACACUUGAUUGAAACUGUUGUUUUUUUAACUCAGCAGGCUGCCUAGGCCAUGGCUGAAAAGAAGGGGUAAGUCCUUCCUUGCAUGAUGUGUGCAGGUUUUCCUGACUGGAUUUCUAAUUUUCAUAUUUGAAUUCACAUGUGUGACUUCACAUCAAUAACUUGUGUUUCUGAAAUAUCCUAACUAACUUGUUAAUAAGGAAGGAAACCAGAUUUGCUUAAAUCUGUUCAAGGCUGACAUUCUGAAAUCUAAACUGGAAAUAACUUCCAGAGUAUUUAGAAAGGUUCUGACUAUGAUCACAAGCCUAAAAUGGCUCUUGGGGAAAGAAGUUUCCUUUUUGAUGAAAACUUAAAAGAAUGCGUUUGGUAUUUUAAGCAGUUAAAAAUAUAGCUUUAAAAAGGACAGCUUAACACAUAUUCAGCAGACCUUGUGUGCUCGUUGUUGCUUUUGUUUUUGUUUUGUGGAAGGAAAAAAGAGGAAUUGAUUAUACCAAAAAGUAAUAUUUAUAUAUAAUUUUGAGUGCUACUUCUGUCUUAGAAUGGAUAUUCCUUAACUAUACCUACCCCACCAUGGUUUUAAGAAAACAAAUCCGUGGUAUCUAUUGAGAAUGUCAGUCGUGAGCUUAGUGUUUAAGUAAUACCUCUCACUUGCAGUUUGCAUGAUUAGUCUUGUAUAUCUUGAUAUCCAACUUUGCUUUUGCUGUGCCAAUUCAAAAAUAUUUUGCUAACAAAUCUCAGUUCAUUGACUUCAUGAUGAAGUUUUGUUUUGAUCACUCAGUUUUAUAUAGUAUUGUUGGGACCAAAAACUUUUAAAAUAUUGACUUUUAUAUAUAUAGAGAGAGAAAACAGAGGUUUGAAGCUGGAAAGAUAGUGUUUAUCAAAGAUUUGUGUGCUUUUGUUUUUUAAACUCUUCAGGCUGCUGGUAAGGCAGUUUCAAGGGCACACUCUUUUCCUCUUUGUUUCUUGACUAGUGUAGCAUGUGCGAUGUUUUAAAUACUUCAUUCUCUGCUUCAUAUUGUUCUAAUAAGACACUAUUCUUGUAGGUAGACAAGCUAAAUUGUAUUAUUUUAGUUACUUGGCCUAACAAGCAUAACUAAAGGGACUUUUUUUUGUACUUUCAUCUAAUUAAGCUUAAAUAAAAAGGGCAUGUUGGCCACACUUCCUGUCUUUUGAAAGUCCACAGAAUUGUGAAGCAAGUCCUCUGCCUUCACUAGAAAAAUAGGGUAUUUAUAGGUUGCCAUUUAACUGUAGAAUAUUUGAGAAGCAGUUCAGUCUCUCUUUUAAUUUUCAAACAUUUUGGCACAGUCCACUCCGGUUUGUCGCUUUCUUGAGAAUAGUCCAUUUUUGUUGCUGUUAUAAUGCCUAUAUUAUAACGUGUUCUGGUCAUUGGAAACAAAACAGCUCAUAGUUGAGUGAGUAAUACAAUAACAGUAACAUAAUGUAGUAGUCAUCUUGCUUCAAGGAAUUUAAUUAGAUAGCCAAAUAACGGCUUUGUUGAUUACCUUGGUAGGGCUUUUGUCUUACUCUCUAAGCAUCACUACGAAUGUCUGACAUUGAAGCACAUACAGUAGAGCACUUGUUGUGAACUUAAUCCUCCUGCAUAAUAAUGCACUUGUGAAAAAUUACGCUUGCUUGAUGUUUGAAGAUUACCAUCCAUGUGCUAGGGCUCAUUGAGUUAUUUGUAAAAUACAUACUUAGUUCAAGUUGGUACACCGUGAGUUUUUUGGGCUAUCAGUAUCCAAGCCCCUUCUCUACUGAAAAUAUAAUCUUGGCUCUCUCCCUUUAAGUCAGAGGAUAUGUAGAAUUUAGGAUGCUUUGAGACAUUAUAUUGUAAAAUAGCUUGUUUUAUGUUCCUAAAGCUAUCUUGUUCUGUGUUGAAGCUAUUAAUUGUCUCAAUGUAAGUUUUAAAUAAACAUAUUUCUUUAAA